AUGAUAUCAUCCUCUAAAACUCCUCCAAAGUUUGUGUCAUAUAAAUUGAUCUUGUUGGGCAGCAGUUCUACGGGAAAGACGAAUCUGGUCUUGCGAUUUGUUAGAGGAUACUUUAGUGAGCAUGAGGAGAGCACUAUUGGAGCUGCUUUCUUGACUCAAACUGUACCAUUGGAGGAUAGAGUUGUGAAAUUUGAAAUUUGGGAUACUAGUGGACAAGAACGAUACAAAUCAUUGCCAGCAAUGUACUUUAGAGGAGCUUAUGCAGCUCUUGUGGUGUAUGAUAUUACCGAUGCAGAGUCGUUCAUACAAGCCCAAAAGUGGGUGACACUAGUUCAACAAGGUAAUUCGACAUUAGUAAUUGCUCUUGCUGGUAAUAAUGCGCACUUGGAGGAUAAACGUCAAGUCGAGACAUUUGAAGCCAAAGCAUAUGCUGAAAAGCAUUCACUAAUUUUCAUGGAAACCUCAGCCAAUACUGCUCAAAAUGUUAAUGAAAUUUUUACUGCCCUAGCUCGCAAAAUGCCAGUCGAUACAUCAAUAGAAAGGGUGAUGGCUUUUGAAGCUGUGAGGGAAAAUUGGACAGUAUUCAAAUCACUUCAAGAAAACUUUAAAAGUGACAGAGACAUUGCACUACUUGCAAUUAGGAAAAAUGGGUUGGCCUUAGAAUUUGUAUCAGUGGAACUGAAGAAUGACAAAUUAUUGGUUCUUGAUGCUGUGGAAAAUCAAGGAAUUGCAUUGCAAUAUGCUUCAAUGAAUUUGAGGGCAGAUAAGGAAGUGGUUCUUAGAGCUGUCAAAAAUAAUGGACUUGCUCUACAAUAUACCACAACAGAGAAUUGCUCAGAUGAAAAAAUUAUUCUGGAUGCUAUUGAAAAUGAUGUAACCUCCUUUCAGUUUGCUUCACAGGAAAAAAGAUUUGAUAAGGAAUUUGUGAGAAAGGCAAUAUCAAAGGAUUAUUCACAUGCUAUUACAUGUUAUGAAUUGUUUCAUGACUUGAUUUUAAUCGACACAUUAAAAAGAGAAGAGCUCAGAAAUUGGGGAAGGAAAUGUAGAAUGACAUUGAUAUGGGCACAAUAUAUUCCUGGCUUGUUACAAUACUUGUCAAAAAACCAUGUACCAAAUAUUGAUUUAGAAUUGGCAGUAUAUUUUUCCAAUUACAGACCUAGAGGUACCUUUUCAUUUAAAAGAACAUAUCCAAAGGAAAUGUGGAUAGAACUUAAUCUUCUCAAGGAGAUUUCUAAUCAUAUCACCAAAUUUAAUUUAAGAUCAGAAUUAAUUUUGGAUUAUCCAUUUUACAAUUCAAAUUACUACCUGUUACUAGAUUUUAUUACUAAUAUCAUUAAUGGAUCUUUACAGGAAGUUAAUUUCCAAAAUAUCAAUUCAUACACGUUUAAUUUUUCAGAUAUAUUUAACAAGGAAUGUACGGAUACAUUAAUUUCAACUUGGAUAUCCCUAGAUAAUUUUCCAAAAUUGUCCUCAAUUUCAGAAUUAUUGAAUCAAAAUAAGGAAAUAUAUUUGGAAGAGAGAGGUUAUGCUUCUAUAAUACAUUCAAAGUUUCCACUCUAUAUACCCACAUCUAUACUUGGAAAGGGCGCUGAAGGUAUCGUUUUUGAAUGUUAUAAUGUUAAAGAAAGAAAAACGGUGGCAUUCAAAUUGAACUUUCAAUAUAAUUUACAAGAUCAUGUAAUAGUUGAAUUAUUAAUGAAAAAUAUUGAUGGAAUAAUUCACUGUCAUGAAUGUAACGUAUUUGAAUAUUCUGACAAGAAAAUCAAAUAUAUCAUUAUGGAAAAAGGGGAAAAAAUUGGGCCUGCACUAGAGGACAUUUACAAUAGAAACAAUAAUAUGCUUGACAAGGAAUCACUCACAACAAUUCUACAAAUGUUUGUACAAAUAUUACUGGCAGUGAAUAAUUUACAUAACAAUAAUUUUGCCCAUCGAGAUUUGAAACUCGCUAAUAUGGUUCUAGUAGGUGAUACUAUUAAGAUUAUCGAUUUGGAUUCCUCGAGAGUUAUCAUGACUAACAAAUCUUGCACAUUGAAUAUUGGCACACUGAAAUAUAUUGCCCCAGAAUUAUAUAAUAAUGAAAGUGAAAGAAUUUUACAGAACUUUGAAAUAUCCAAACAAUGUGACAUGUUUUCUUUGGGAUGUAUAUUAUUGGAAAUACUCAUUCAUCAACCCUUAAUGUUAGACUCUGAAUAUUGUAAUCAGGAGCAAAUGGAAGAUGAUCUAAAUAUCCAGCAUUUUACAAAUUCUGGAUUGUACUUUCAUCAAGCUGUUGGCACACAAUACCUUCAACACAAGCUCCAUCAUGCAAUCAAAAUGCAAAUAGAUAGAAUGGUUGAUUCUUCAUUAGAAAUUAAUACAAUCCUCUCUAGGAUAAUCAUUACAAUGAUUCAACAAAAUCCAAACCUCAGAGGCAAUUGUGCUAUGUAUUUACAAAUAUUUAAAGAACUAUUAUUGUCCUUAAACAAUAGUCAACCACUAAUACUACCAGAAACUUUAACCAAAAAUCUACUUGAUUUUAAUAAGAAUAUUAUUACAUUGUUAAAAGAAGAAAACUUGCAGCUUAAAACAAAGAAUGAACAAUUGGAAAUGGAAUUGAUUAAAUUAAGAGAAGAAUUAACUUUUCUUUCACACAAGAAUAAAUAGAGUUGAUCAUAAUUUAUGGUU